AUGUUUUUGGUUGAACUUGCUGGAAAAAAAGAAAAAUUAGAUUCUUAUCCAGGUGAAGAUGUUUUAGUCUGGGAACAUUCUUGUCCUGGUACUAGUGUACAAGUUCCUCAAAAUCUAGAAAUUACAGUUCCAAAAGUUCCUAUUCGUUCAGAAAUUUCUGUUCCUCCAGAAAUUCCUCCUUUGCAAAAAUUAUGGUUUAAAUUCAAAUGGAAUCCAAGAGUUUUUUCUGUUGUAGUAAGCAGUUUUAUUACUAUAUUUGCAGCUAUUGGUAUUGAUUUAAUAGUUAGUUUAUAUACCGGUGGUCAAAAAAGAAAAGAAAUAUGA